UGGUAUCUGAAAAUGAAAACACAUUUAUUAAAGCAAUUAAAAUCAUUCUUUUAUAUUAUUUUAUUAUAUUAUUUCUUAAAAAAAUAGUGUAUAUACAACAGGGCUGCGAAUCUUAUAUUAUUUGCUUCGCCCACUUCUAGCGGCUCGGCCGUGAAUUCUGGGCUCAGCUAUAAUAAAAAAUUCUCAGCCUAUAAGGUAAUGUACUAUUAUUAUAUUAUUUAUCUUGCUUUUUGUUGUAGAUGUUGCCAGAACAAAUUUCAGAAGAAAUCCAGGGAAAUGCACCCUCAAUAGUAAAUGAAGACUCGACACAAGAGACAUGGGAGUGUGAAAAAAACCCUUUUACAAAUUCAAGAGAGGCACAAUCAUGUUUUAAAAAGCUUAAUGCACAGCCGAUAACGCCAAAUCAAUCUUCACAAGAGCCUAGUAGAGAUUAUGAAGAAACCCCCUCUGUUAAUUCGGCGAGAAAAACAAAGACUCGGAAAAGACUCGCGAACAAUGGAAAAAGUAAGGAGGAUGAAUCGUUGGACCAGGCUGUUAAAGCUUUAAAAGAAGUAGCAUCUGUUGCCUCCAAUGAAUUUGAUGCAUUCGGACAACAUGUUUCUUCCCAACUUAAGUGCCUUCCAUUACAAGAAGCACUACUACUUCAGGAGGAUAUCCAGAAAUCUAUAACAACUGUUCGCCUGCGUUGUUUAAGAAAUCAAAAUGUAAUCAACACUUCAUUCGACAAGGAAACACGGACCACUACUUCUUCAUCAGAAAUGUAUCGACAAGACGAUACAUCAGAACUAUCAAGUUAUUCAGGGGAAAAUAAACGAUAUCAUUAUCAGCAGGUUCCAAAUGAAGUGCAAAAUCAAAAUGGCAAUAAUCCUUUAUUUUCCCAUGAAGCACAGGAGACUAUUUGCUCAGAAAGUUAUUUACAAGGCAAUACAGACUCCUCAACUUCUUCAGGGGUAAAUGAACAAUAUCAAUUUCGGCAUCAGGGUCAGAUGCAAUUAACAAAUUAUUUCAAGAAUUGGGCGGAAAGUGAUGACGCCGGUGUUGAUUUCAAUUAAAAUAGAUACUUACUUAAAACUUAGAAUAUUCUGUUGAUUUUGUUUGAACAUUUUUUGUAUUUUUUUUUGUUUGAGAUUGGAAUUUUGUAAAUAAAGUUACUGUUUACCUACCAUA